GUAACCGGUUAAGAAGUCAGCCUGUGGCGCCUCCUGACCCCACCGGCGCCACCACUGUGACCAUGGCCCCCACCCCUCCUGCCAUCUCCACCACAGCCAUGGACAUGUCCGGCUCCAACAACACAGAGAUCAACAAAAAUGACAUGUUUGAGGAAAUCAAGAGCAAAUUCCUCAACGAAAUCGACAAAAUCCCACUGCCUCCAUGGGCUCUGAUUGCCAUCGCGGUGGUGGCUGCGCUGCUCAUCCUCACCUGCUGCUUCUGCAUCAUCAAAAAAUGCUGCUGCAAGAAGAAAAAGAACAAGAAAGGGAAGAAAGGCAAGGAUGGUUUCAACAUGAAGAACAUGCAGGGCGGCGAGGAUGAUGACGAUGAUGAGGGAGAGACUGGACUGACAGAGGAGGAGAAAGAGGAAGAGGAGAAAGAACAAGAGAAACUGGGGAAGCUGCAGUACUCCAUCGAUUAUGACUUUGAGAAUACAAAGCUGACCGUCGGUAUCCUCCAAGCUGCUGACCUCAUGUCCAUGGACUCUGGAGGAACAUCUGACCCUUAUGUCCGAGUCCUGCUCUUCCCUGACAAGAAGAAGAAGUUUGACACCAAAGUACACAAGAAGACGCUGAACCCUGUCUUCAACGAGACCUUUGUCUUCAAGGUGCCCUAUGAAGAACUUGGAGGGAAGACCUUGGUGAUGUCCGUUUAUGAUUAUGACCGAUUUUCCAAACAUGACGUCAUCGGUGAGGUGAAGCUGCCGAUGAACACCAUCGACCUCGGACGUCCCAUUGAGGAGUGGAGGGAUCUGGAGAGCGCUGAUCAAGAGGAGCCUGAGAAACUGGGCGACAUCUGCAUCUCCCUCCGCUACGUCCCCACUGCUGGAAAACUCACUGUCUGCAUCCUGGAAGCCAAGAACCUGAAGAAGAUGGACGCCUGUGGAUUAUCUGAUCCCUACGUAAAAAUCCAGCUGCUGCAAGGAGGAAAGCGUCUGAAGAAGAAGAAGACGACAGUGAAGAAGAACACCUUAAAUCCAUAUUACAACGAAUCCUUCAGCUUUGAGAUCCCACUAGAACAGAUGCAGAAAAUCCUGGUGGCCGUCACUGUGUUUGACUACGACAAGAUCGGAAAGAACGACGCCAUCGGGAAGAUCUUUGUGGGUAGCAAAGCAACCGGCCUGGGUCUGAAGCAUUGGUCUGACAUGUUGGCCAACCCCCGUCGCCCCAUCGCCCAGUGGCAUCCAUUGCAACCCGAAGAGGACAUCGACGGUCAACUGGCGUCUUUGGCCGCAAAGAAGUAACUGGUUCCACCAACCAGCUAAUGCACCUUCCAAACUUCCAAUUCCUGUUCCCUACUUUGCAUGAAUCCCAUGAUGUAACACUUGAUGGCGUGUCAGGAGAACCACUCAGCAAAAAGAGACGUUGCAGAAGUUUUUUUUUUUGGUUAUAAACAUCCCAUUUCAAACCUGAGUUUAUGUGGAAAGAAGAGGCGUUGAAUUAUCAGGUGUCUGUUUCACCAACUCUUGGUCUUUAUAGACUUGAAGAAAUUUAGAAAACUGAUUCUUAGGGUGCUUACGGUGAACGAAAGUCUCGCUGAAGACGAUACUGGGAAAAAAAAGCUUUAUAGUUUAAUAGAAGAGCAUGCUUUACUGACCUGCCCCACUGCACUGCUUUCACUGUUGUAUUUUGCUAAUAUGUGUGCUAUACCUUGCAAUAGAAAGUAAUAUAGUACCGUGCUGCUUCCAGCACUCGGAGUGGGACUUGAGUACGUAGAGAAAAUGACAAAAGGUUUAACAGACAUUGAAUGGCGUGGCGUUGAUCUGAUUUCAGAUCAGAUCUGUUUCUGAAUCAUUUUAUGAGUUGUUUUACAGCUGGGAAGGAACAUCACGGUUUCUAGCAAUCUUUUUUUGUGCUGUCCUGACAUCUAUGCAUUUAAACGUCACACGCGCUGUUUUAAUGUCUUCAGAGAGAGAUCUGACGUAGGACAGGAGAUCAUGGGUGCCUUUUCCCGACAGGACACUUGGGGGGGUAAAUCAGUUGGCCCUGGUAUUUAUUCUGAACAGAGAAUGUGUUACAGACAGCAUGUGGAUGUUCUAUGACGAGCUGUGCUGCUGACCACUUGGAUGUAAAACCUUGUUGACCAGUGGGGAUCAGUAAAGGUUGUAGAAGGCGAUGAUGCUCAGUUGUUAUAAAUAUCUAUCUGUUGAUACAGGAAGGAAAGAAAAAAGAAAACAUUUUUACCAGCGAUUUGAUUGUUUUUUUGUUUUUUUUUCCCCAUUUCAGCAUUUGAAUAGUGUGUUGUGAUUAGGAAGAAUUUGACGGCAACUAUUUUGACAACUGUUACUACACUUUUUAAGAGAAGAAGAACUGAACCACAAGCAUCACAGAUUUGUUCUUGUGUCACAUCUUUCCAUAUUGUACAAGACCAGGACUAUGAGCUUGAACCAAAAAAAACCCCCUGGAAAACACGACGUGGAUCGUGUUGUUGAGGUCGAUCGCUCACUUCCAGGCUGCGGGCUUUGUAGACAAUGGAGUGAAACAUGUUGAACCAUGUUAGUGUUGAUGGAAUAAAGGUAGUAGUAUAAAGUCUUUAUAUACAGACUGAAGGGAUGUGCAGAGGUACAGAGUCUGUGGAUGACCAAUAGACUUUAGGGCCAGAAGAAGAAUUGACUUAAUUAAAUUUAUACUUAGUUUAGUAACAAAAAAUAAAAACAUAGAAAAAGUAAUAAAAUACUGGACAAAUGUAAUGGUUAAAAAUGAUCAAAUUUCUACCUCAAAUCUCACAGUAUGUUCAAUACUGUUGUACAAUUUACCAUUAAAAAUAUGUAAAAUAAAUAAUUAAAUAUCUUAAAAUAUAAAUUCCCGAAUAAAUAUUUAGAAAUAUAUUAGAUCUUUGUCAUAGGGCUUCUUUGAGGUUAUCUUAAAACUAAGAAAAAAUGUAAAUGGAACAAUAUGGACAUUAUUGGUCUGGAAUGGCAGAAAUGGAUUAAAGUACAACAAAGGAAAUGCAUUAAAUGGAAUAAGAAUACUUAUUUGAGGUUUUUUACAAUAUCAGGAAGAAGAAAAUUUGGAUCAGAUUAGGAAGUAGAAGAACAAACAAGUUUGGAUAAUUAGGUCAAAUUUCAACCAUCUUCAGCUUCUGUCAGCCGUCACCUCAUCAGCAAUAGUGAAAAUGACCUUCGCUCUCGUCCCGUGUCACCACUUCCUGUUGUCCACAUUAUGCAUUGCUCAGAUUUGUGAAUAGACCCGCAUGAAUUUCCAACGAUGAUGUACAUAGUAGCAUGUUUUGAAGAGGAUCCAUUACUAUAUUGUGUAAAUGUGUGUUUGUGUUCU